AUGAUGAUUAGCAUCAUCUUACUUGUCGGGAUGGUUGCAUUUCUAUCCAUAACCCAAUCAAGUGCUUACAACUGUGACAAUGCCUUCCAGCCUUUUCCCGAUACCCCCAACUCAGUUGCGUGCCAAAACGGCCUCGUGGUGCGUAAGUGUGAUCUGGACCAAUGUAUGACAAUCGGGCCGUACGGUCUCAAACCUCUAUCAUCUUGGGUAUUCUCAGAUUGUCUGCGCGUCCCAACAGGUCGGGUCAAAUACCGAGUCCAAGUAAAGCACUUUACUGUCAAUGGUGCGCUUAAGAGAUACGAGAUUUGGGGUCACAAGUUUUGGCUAAAGACCUCCAUCCUGUCCCCUUAUUUAACGCAAUACUACUGCCCCAUGAGUCACGAAAACCUGCGGAGGGCUACUUGCCCCGAGAACAAAUGUGACCCCGUCUAA